CGGCGGGCGCCGCGGCGCUGGAGAUCGGCCGCUUCGACCCCGAGCGCGGGCGCGGGCCGGCGCCGUGCCAGGCGGUGGCGAUCCCCAUGUGCCGCGGCAUCGGCUACAACCUGACCCGCCUGCCCAACCUGCUGGGCCACACGUCGCAGGGCGAGGCGGCCGCCGAGCUGGCCGAGUUCGCGCCGCUCGUGCAGUACGGCUGCCACCGGCACCUGCGCUUCUUCCUCUGCUCGCUCUACGCGCCCAUGUGCACCGACCAGGUCUCCACGCCCAUCCCCGCCUGCCGGCCCAUGUGCGAGCAGGCGCGGCAACGCUGCGCGCCCAUCAUGGAGCAGUUCAACUUCGGCUGGCCCGACUCGCUCGACUGCGCGCGGCUGCCCACGCGCAACGACCCGCACGCGCUGUGCAUCGAGGCGCCCGAGAACGCCACGGCGGGCCCCGCCGAGCCGCACAAGGGUCUGGGCAUGCUGCCCGUGGCGCCCCGGCCCGCAAGGCCCCCCGCCGGCGGCGACGAUGCCAUUCCCGGCCCCGGCGGCGUGGGCGGCGGCAGCAGCGGGGGCGGCUCCUGCGAGAACCCCGAGAAGUUCCAGUACGUGGAGAAGAGUCGCUCGUGCGCCCCGCGCUGCGCCCCGGGCGUCGAGGUGUUCUGGUCGCGGCGGGAUAAGGACUUCGCGCUGGUCUGGAUGGCCGUGUGGUCGGCGCUCUGCUUCUUCUCCACCGCCUUCACCGUGCUCACCUUCCUGCUGGAGCCGCACCGCUUCCAGUACCCCGAGCGCCCCAUCAUCUUCCUCUCCAUGUGCUACAACAUCUACUCGCUGGCCUUCCUCAUCCGCGCCGUGGCCGGGGCGCAGAGCGUGGCGUGCGACCAGGAGGCCGGCGCGCUCUACGUGAUCCAGGAGGGCCUGGAGAACACGGGCUGCACCCUGGUCUUCCUGCUGCUCUACUACUUCGGCAUGGCCAGCUCGCUCUGGUGGGUGGUCCUGACGCUCACCUGGUUCCUGGCGGCGGGCAAGAAGUGGGGCCACGAGGCCAUCGAGGCCCACGGCAGCUACUUCCACCUGGCCGCCUGGGGCCUGCCCGCGCUCAAGACCAUCGUCAUCCUGACGCUGCGCAAGGUGGCCGGGGACGAGCUCACGGGGCUCUGCUACGUGGCCAGCAUGGACGGGGCGGCCCUCACGGGCUUCGUGCUGGUGCCCCUGUCCUGCUACCUAGUGCUGGGCACCAGCUUCCUCCUCACGGGCUUCGUGGCUCUCUUCCACAUCCGCAAGAUCAUGAAGACCGGAGGCACCAACACCGAGAAGCUGGAGAAGCUCAUGGUCAAGAUCGGGGUGUUCUCCAUCCUGUACACGGUGCCUGCCACCUGCGUCAUCGUGUGCUACGUCUACGAGCGCCUCAACAUGGACUUCUGGCACCUGCGGGCCACCGAGCAGCCGUGCACCGUGGGCCCCGUGCCGGGCGGCCGCAGGGACUGCUCGCUGCAAGGCGGCUCUGUGCCCACCGUGGCCGUCUUCAUGCUCAAGAUCUUCAUGUCGCUGGUGGUGGGCAUCACCAGCGGCGUGUGGGUGUGGAGCUCCAAGACGUUUCAGACCUGGCAGAGUCUGUGCCACCGCAAGAUGGCAGCUGGCCGGGCCAGAGCCAAGGCCUGCAGGGCCCCUGGGAGCUAUGGCCGCGGCCCCCACUGCCAUUAUAAGGCCCCCACUGUGGUCUUGCACAUGACUAAGACAGACCUCUCUCUGGAGAACCCCACACAUCUCUAGGGACAUGGGGCGCCCCCGGGCGGCUGUUGCCCUCAGCCAGGCCCCCCCCUCCGGAGGAGACAGCUGACUAGCAGCUGUCCAGCUGCCAAGACAGGCAAGUGAGUGCUCGGGGCCCCGGAAUCGGGUGGGGUGGGGAAAUGCCU